CAUGUUUUGAUGACAGUUGUCAAAAUUGUUAACGAAAGGUCACUACAGAAGUAUAUCGCAACAUUUGUCGUGGAAAUAGUCUUCUUAAUUGUUCGAGCAUACAGUUCGAAAGGCGACGAAAUGCUUGGGGGAUCAUUCUUUGAAGAGGAUCCAUUCUUUGCUGGCCACCGUCAGCAAAUGCAGCAGAUGCAACAGUUGAUGAACCCGUUCCCCACAAUGCAUCAUCACAACAUGCUGGAGGCGGCCCCAGUCCACCCUCAUGUCCGAAGACACCAACAACGCAGAAACACCAGAGAGAAUCAGAUGGUUCCCUUCGGCAUGUUUGGAGCUGCUGAUUUUGGAUUUGGGGAUAUGUUCCGAAACAUGCGUAAAAUGAUGGAUGAUAUGCACAGAUCAUUUGGUCAGCCAGCAGUAGCCACUCCCAACAGCCACAUGUUCACCCAGUCAUCGUAUGUACAGUUCAGCAACAAUGGUCAAGGGCAGGCACCACAGGUGUACCAGGCCACUUCAUCGACACGACAGGCACCAGGCGGGGUGAAGGAAACUCGCCGCACAGUGCGUGACACUGAGUCAGGAGUUGAGAAGAUAGCAAUUGGUCACCACAUCAAUGACCGCGCCCACAUCAUCGAGAGGUCACAGAACAGGCAUACCGGGGAUCGGAAUGAAAACCAAGAGUACAUCAACCUGGAGGAGGAGGAAGCCCCAACCUUUGACCGUGAGUGGCAAGAGAAGACGCGUCACAUGGCGCGAGGAAUGGAUCACCGCCGUGCCCGGCACAACCCCAUCGGCAAUGUUAGGACUGGCCGGCAGAUGGCAGCACUACCUGAACCUAGACCAAGGAUUCGCAGAGAUCGGGAAUAAUGUCUUUAUAAUUUAUAAUUGUGAGUGGAUGCCUGAGCCGAGCAUAUUUCUCUGAGGCUUGGUUGAUCCUGUUUAUACCUGUGUGCACACAGAACUAUCAGCAUUGUGGAGAUAAUCUCUCACCUGUGUUUCUAGAAUCAUUGGCAAUCAACUGACCUCAUUUCCUCUGGAAUACUGAUCCUUGGUUAAUAACUGACAAAUAUUUUCUUCUGUUGAAUCCACCUUUCAGUGUAUGACAAAAUAAAAAUUCUUUGCUAACAAUACAUUCCUGAUCACACUGAUGGAGUUCCAGGUGUGAUUCACAUUUCGAUGUUUUUUUGGUGUGAUUCACAUUGCAGUAUCUUUGCGUGAUUUAAAUUGAUAUCUGGUGUGAUUCACAUUACAAAAACAUGUGUUUGGUGUGAGUUACAUGAUGUGUGAUUCCCAUUAUAGCAUUCUGUGUGUUGUUCAAGUCAUGGCGUUUUUUGUUAUUCACAUUAUUGCGUUCUGUGAACAAUCUGUGAGAUUCAAAUUCUUUUGAUUUGUGAGAAUGUUGGAGAGCCCAGUAACAUCUGUUUACACAAAGUAAGCAAAUUAUGGUUUGUUUAUAUUUUCUGAUCUUGUUUUUUUUUGCGAAUAAUAUUAUUUAUUUAUUCAAUAGCAUUUUACACAUUGAAAGAUGGUGCCUUGGCAGCAUUCUUGGAAAUGCUGUUUUUGUUUCGAAUAUUCUAUUAACAAAUUAAACAUGUUUAAGGUGGUUUCAACAAUGAAGUGUUUUCGUCAGUGGCACCGAGUCAGAUUAUUGUGUCUACAGAGUUGAUCCAUCCUACAGACAAUUGUAGACUUUCGAUGAGGAAUACAGCAAUGUUAAAUAGAGGAGCACUUUUUUCCCAUUUAUGAAUGUUUUUGAAGAUUCCAGAUAGACUUUCUGUGGAAUCGUGGGAGUGGUAUUCAUUGUCGGACUGAUGUGUGGUAGGGUCACGAUGGUUCUUGUGUAAAUGCCUUUUCUGUUAACUCAGUUCUUGAAGCAACUUAGAGCUGAGGUGUCAUCAAUAUUGCAAACUUCAUCCUUUUUGUCAGGUAACUUGUUGAGGGUUUUCUUAAAGGAUGAGGGUAAGUGGGAUGACAUUUUUUAUAUUUUGCGAAGAUCCGAUGGGUUAUCACAUACAAGCUUAUGUAUAUGUGUGUGUGUGAGCAUUAUGUUACACAUCUUCCCAAGGCAAGAGAGUUAACUGACUUUAAAAGUCCAGUUUCCCCCCUUGCCGAACUAGGCUGGAAUUCCUGGGCUCGAUCGUAGC